GCAUGUACCGCGCGGUGAUUGCCCGGCGAGCGCAGCGGGGCGGGCCAGCCGGACCGGGCCACCUCCCUCCCUUCUUUCCUCCCUCCCUCUACCGCUCCCCCGCCGCCGCCGCCUCGCCUCCCGGCCUCCCUAAUGCCGAGGGAUGGAUAGAGCGGCUGCCCUGCGAGCCGCCGGCAUGCUGGAGAGGAAGGAGCGGAGCGGCGGCGAGGCGGCGGGGCCGCGGAGCUUGCCGGCUGUGCGGAGCACGCUGCAGCAGUGCGGGCUGCUGCAGGACCUCAUCGACAUCUCGCUCUCCAACCUGCGCGGGCUCCGCACCAAGUGUGCCGCGUCCAACGACCUCACGCAGCAGGAGAUCCGCACGCUGGAGGUGAAGCUGAUUGACUACAUCCACCGGCAGCGGCAGUGCAAGCUGAGCGUGCCCCUGAGCGACCGCACGGCUGAGCUCAACAGCUACCCCCGCUUCAACGACUGGCUGGACAUCGUCAACGUCAGGAAGGAGGUGGUGCAGAGAAUACCAGAGGAGCUGACCCUGGAUGCCUUACUAGAAAUGAAUGAGUCAAAGGUGAAAGAAACAAUGAAGAGAUGUGGAGCCAGAGAUGAGGAGUGCUCCAGGCUCAACGGGGCCCUGAGCUGCCUGCGGAGGGUGACAGAGUCAGCAGGGGAGCUGAGGGACGAUGUGCCGAUGGCCCUCCCCGAGCGCCGGGACAGCUCCUGCUCGCAGCCGGACCCCGCCUGGUCCCCGAGUGCCCCGGCCAAGGGCAGCCUGCAGCAGCCGCGCUCCGUGUCCGCAUCCACGGCCCCGCCCUGCGAGCCGCCGGCCCCGAGCCACGGGCCCUGUCCCUCGGCAGAGACCCUGCUGGAGCCGCUGGUGCUGCCCGCGGCCGGGGGCAGGCCCAGGACUCCGCACAGCAUCACCGUCACCCCCCCGGCCACGCCGCAGCCCAAGCGCCGGCACCGCCUGAAGCCGCCGCGGACGCCGCCGCCCCCCUGCCGCAAGGUGUUCCAGCUGCUGCCCAACUUCCCCACCCUCACCAGGAGCAAGUCCCACGAGUCUCAGCUGGGCAACAGGAUAGACGAAGUUCCGCCAAUAAAGUUCGAGCUCUCCCAGGGAUCCCCCCAGACGGUACGAAGAGACUUUGGCCUGGCUGUGACUCACAGGUUCUCUACAAAGUCCUGGUUAUCUCAGAUUUGCCAAGUGUGCCAGAAAAGCAUGAUGUUCGGGGUGAAGUGUAAGUACUGCAGAUUAAAAUGUCACAACAAAUGUACUAAAGAGGCACCUGCUUGUAGAAUAUCCUUCCUUCCCAUAACAAAAAUAAGAAGAACAGAGUCUGUCCCAUCUGAUAUCAAUAAUCCAGUAGACAGACCCACAGAACCCCAGUUUGGAACUCUCCCCAAAGCACUAACUAAAAAGGAGCAUCCACCAGCAAUAAACCACCUGGACUCCAGCAGUAAUCCUUCUUCUACAACCUCAUCCACUCCAUCUUCUCCAGCACCUUUCCAGUCUUCCAACCCUCCCAGUGCGACGCCGCCCCCAAACCCGUCCCCCAUGGGCCAGAGGGACGGGCGGUUCAACUUCCCAGCUGCCUACUACCUUCAGCAUAGACAACAGUUUAUCUUCCCAGAAAUUCCCAGUCCUGCACAAACAGCACAGCUUCCAGAAACUGCUGCAGACACUAACGCUGCCCAGCAGCCGGGCACGGGCGGAGGCGCACGGGAAGCACAGGUGGAGGAACCAGAGGCGAGUAAGUCGGAGCCUGAGGACGAUGAGGAUGAGGUGGAAGAUUUGCCCAACCGGCGGCCGCACCUGCAGGGGAUGAUCUACCGCAAACCCAGCCAGACCAGCGUGUACCUGCAGGAGUGGGACAUCCCCUUCGAGCAGAUCCAGCUGGGGGACCCCAUCGGCCAGGGCCGCUGGGGCAAGGUCUACAAGGGCAAGUGGCACGGGGAGGUGGCCAUCAGGCUGCUGGAGAUCGACGGCAACAACCAGGAUCAUCUCAAGCUCUUCAAGAAGGAGGUGAUGAACUACAGGCAGACCCGGCAUGAGAACGUGGUGCUGUUCAUGGGAGCCUGCAUGAACCCCCCUCACUUAGCAAUCAUUACCAGCUUCUGCAAAGGAAGGACGCUGCACUCCUUUGUGAGGGACCCCAAGAUCUCCCUGGACAUCAACAAAACCAGGCAGAUAGCACAGGAGAUCAUUAAGGGCAUGGGGUAUCUCCACGCAAAGGGGAUUGUACAUAAGGAUCUGAAAUCCAAAAAUGUCUUCUAUGACAAUGGGAAAGUUGUGAUCACCGACUUUGGAUUAUUUGGAAUUUCGGGUGUGGUUCAGGAAGGAAGGAGGGAGAAUGAACUGAAGCUGCCUCAUGACUGGCUGUGCUACCUGGCUCCUGAGAUUGUCCGUGAGAUGGCCCCAGGGAAAGACGAAGACAAGCUGCCUUUCUCCAAAGCUGCAGAUAUCUAUGCCUUUGGGACCGUGUGGUACGAGCUCCAGGCACGGGAGUGGCCGUUCAGGACCCAGCCUGCAGAGGCUCUCAUCUGGCAGAUCGGCAGCGGCGAGGGAGUGAGACAAGUCCUUGCCACUGUCAGCCUGGGCAAAGAGGUCAAUGAAAUCCUCUCGGCCUGCUGGGCCUUCGACCUCAGCGAGCGGCCCAGCUUCACUGUCCUCAUGGAAAUGCUUGAGAAACUGCCAAAACUGAACCGCCGGCUCUCCCACCCAGGGCACUUCUGGAAGUCUGCUGACAUUAACAGUAGCAAAGUUGUCCUGCGUUUUGAAAGAUUUGGCUUGGGAAUCCUGGAACCGAGUAACCCAAAGCUCUAGGCCGGUGUCAUUGUGACCGUGCUGGCUGCCUGCUCCCCCACAGCACCCGAGACCCUCCCUGGCUGCUCCACGCCGAGGCUGGUGCAGCCCCACUGAAGACCAUCAGCUCAGCCCCGUGUCCUGCCUGAGCACCAGCAGUUAUUUAAACAAUGUUUACAUGAUACUUUUGUGUGAACUAUAUUUUUUUAAACAUAAUAAACAGUGAAUCAAGUUGAACUACA